GGGCCGGGGCGUGCGCGGCCUGUGCGGUUAGAGCCCCGCGCGCUCUCUGACUCCGACGCCCUCCGUCCGCCUCCCCGAGCGGGGUCCCGACGUCGAAGAUCUCGGAGCCUCGCCUAGUUAAGUUGCUUUUACAGAAUUAACAGGUCUCCAAGAAAUAAAAGGAAAAGGUAAGACUUCAGAGCUUACGGCUUUGCACAGAACCGUGACAGCAUCAGAUAGAUCAGUGUGUCUUUGUACCUUGUUUCUCUUUCCGUAGCUGCUGAGUAUCCUGAGCAGAAACGAACAUUGACCAUAGCUGGCUUUUCUGAAUAUGUAAACUUUAUUAUGGUUACUUACGGGCCAGGAGGAGGCAUGUUUCUAAAGAGUCUGAAAGUAGUUUGAUUUUGUUGUAAAACAGCAUUUGGCAGACUUACAAGGGAAAAGUUGGUACUUUUGAUGUUCCUAUUGAAUAGGAUAGGUGACGUGAAGUGUUACUUUAAGGCAGUUGGUUUAUCUGUAUGUCUAGACAGGAGAAAGCGUAUUUGUUUUCUUUAAGAAUUAGCUAAGAUCAGUUUUUUGCAAACUAGUAUCUUGCUUCCACUUACUAAUGCUGAAGGAAGCAGGAACCAGGUAAUUAUUAAGCUAGUUUGCGCUAAGGUGCUGCAAAAGUAAGUCUUGCUAUUAUGUGUACCUUUCUGUCUGCAGGUCAUUAUUGCUGUGGUUUGAGCCCAGCAUGGCUGUAGUCAUCCGUUUACUGGGGCUCCCCUUUAUUGCGGGGCCUGUGGAUAUCCGUCACUUCUUCAAGGGAUUGGCUAUUCCUGAUGGAGGAGUGCAUAUAAUUGGAGGGAAAGUUGGGGAGGCUUUUAUUAUUUUUGCAACAGAUGAAGAUGCGAGACGUGCCAUAAGCCGUUCAGGAGGGUUUAUCAAGGAUUCACCUGUAGAGCUUUUUCUCAGUAGCAAGGCAGAGAUGCAGAAGACCAUAGAAAUGAAGAGAAGUGUUCGUGGAGGACGAGGGCGACUGGGAUUGGGGGCAUCAGGGGUCAGCAACCUGUGUCAUUUUAUUGAUGCUGUGAAGAAAGAGGAGAGUCAUUCUGGAUAUGGCUCUUCAGUUAACCAAGAUGCUGGGUUUCACUCUAACGGUGCAGGACUUGAUGUAAGGCCAAGAAAGACCAGGCCAUUGAAGGCUGAGAACCCGUACUUGUUUCUACGAGGUUUGCCUUACUUAGUAAAUGAAGAUGAUGUCCGUGUCUUUUUCUCUGGUUUGUGUGUGGAUGGAGUAAUUUUCUUAAAACAUCACGAUGGCCGAAAUAAUGGUGAUGCUGUAGUGAAGUUUGCUUCAUGUAUUGAUGCCUCAGAAGGUCUUAAAUGCCAUAGGAGUUUCAUGGGUUCAAGAUUUAUAGAAGUAAUGCAGGGCUCGGAACAACAGUGGAUUGAAUUUGGAGGCAGUGCGACUAAGGGUGGUGACAUUCCUUGUCUGCGAUCUGAAGAACAUUCUCCUUCAAGAGGUAUGAACGACAGACAUUGCCGAAAGCCAUCUCAUUCAGAAUCUCCUAGAAGAACACGUUCUCGCUCUCCUCUUGGAUUUUAUCUUCACUUAAAAAAUCUGUCCUUAAGUAUUGACAAGAGAGAUCUAAGGAAUUUCUUUAAAGACACUGACCUGACUAAUAAGCAGAUUAAAUUUUUAUAUAAAGAUGAACGAAGAACACGGUUUGCCUUUGUGAUGUUUAAGAACCUGAAAGACUAUAAUACUGCCUUGAGUCUGCAUAAGACUGUGUUACAAUAUCGUCCAGUUUUUAUUGACCCAAUUUCUAGAAAGCAAAUGAUGAAAUUCAUUGAAUGCUAUGAAAAGAAGAGACCAGGGUCACAGAAAGACUUUGAAGACGGCUACUCUGGUCAGAAACUGUACAUAUAUAUAAGAAAUUUUCCAUUUGAUGUCACGAAGGGCGAGGUGCAGAAGUUCUUUGCAGACUUCCCCCUUGUUGAGGAUGAUAUUUAUUUGCUUUAUGAUGACAAGGGAGCUGGUUUGGGGGAAGCACUGGUGAGAUUUAAAUCAGAAGAACAGGCCAUGAAAGCUGAACGUUUAAACCGAAGAAAAUUCUUAGGGACAGAGGUGCUGUUAAGACUUAUAUCUGAGGUACAGAUGCAGGAGUUUGGUGUCAAUUUUUCCUUUAUGUGCAGUGAGAAAACACAAGCCCGUUCCCAGUCACACAACAGAGAUGACCGUUCCCAUCUGUUUGCCCUAAAUGACUCACCAGUAUGCUCACUUGGCUGGUCCGAAAGGGUUGAUUAUCAGCUGGAAGACUUAAGGCAUCCCCACAGGUAUUUCCAGCAAUCUGACAGGCACCCUCCAGAAGACUUCCUGCACUCUCCUGAGGACUUCCGGCACUCCCCGGAAGACUAUAGACACUCCCGGGAGGAACACAUGAGGCGCUCUAGGGAGGAAGACUGGAGACGGCCUCUGGAGGACUGGAGAUGGUCGUCGGAAGAUGAUUUCAGGCACUCUUAUGAAAAAGACUUUAGGCAGCUGCCAGAGGAGGACUUCAUACGGCCACCUCAGGAGCACUUCAGGAGGCCAUCCCAGGAGCACUUCCGACGGCCACCCCAAGAACAUUUCAGGCUUUCCCGAGAGGAGUAUUUCAGGCAUGUGGCAGAUGAAGGCUUUAGACACCCUUCUGAUGAGGACUUCAGGACCUCCCAAGAAGAAGAUUUGAGAUGUCCCACUGAUGAGGACUUCAGGCAGCUCUCUGGGGAAGACCUCAGGGAUGUACCAGAGGAGGACCCUAGAUUUCCUGAUAGUUUUAGACCUCCUGGUGAGGAUUUUUGGACCUCACCUGAUUUCAGGGGUCAUCGUCCUUUUAUGAACUUUGGUCACCUAGACGGUGGCAAAUUUGAUUUUGGAAAGCAUAAUAUGGGAUGUUUUCCUGAGGGAAGAUUUAUGCCUGAUCUAAAAUUAAAUUGUGGUUCAGGUAGAAUAACUCCUGUUAAGAUCACGAAUCUUCCAUUUAAAGCUAAUGCUAAUGAAAUUUUAGACUUUUUCCAUGGUUAUAAAGUCAUACCUGAUUCAGUUUCAAUACAGUAUAACGAGCAAGGGUUACCUAUAGGAGAAGCCAUUGUUGCUCUGAUUAAUUAUAAUGAAGCUGUAGCUGCUGUUAAAGAACUGAAUGGUAGACCAGUCGGUCCCCGGAAAGCUAAGCUCAUUUUGCUAUAGAGAGCCUCUCAUCUCAGUUCGUAGUUUUCUUCCACAGUAUUGAUACAGUAAAAAUACAGCCUUUUAAAAAGUUUAUUUUUAAUUACAUAAUUAACUAUUUUAGUUUUAACCUGUGACUAGAGAAAAUGUGUUAUGUAAAUCUGGUUUUCCUUUGCUUACAAAUGGGCAUUCUUCUCCAUAAUUUAAAAUUACAUAUGCUCUCUUUUUCUUUGCUAGGGCAGAGAAAACAAAUUUCCUGAAUUCAUUAGUUUCAUUGAUGUUAUGGAUAAACCCCAGUCUUGUGAAAUGUGGGGUUAUGUUUGGGGAAGGUAAAUUUAUCUUUAAUUUUGUUUUCACCAUUUUUUACUCAGACUGUCUAAGGAAAUGACGGAUGACUGGUUGUUCAGGUUGGCACUUUCAUUGCUACCAGCUGCAGAACUCCCUUUUGUGUGAGAUAUUGUGUUAAAGUCUCCUCUUAACUCUAAAUAGUUCAGAAAAUGAACAUACUGUGAACUUGAAAUUUACUUAUAUGAAAGGCUUAGGAAAUUCUCAAAAUUUGUGUUCAUAACUUUGAAAAGUUUUAUAAAAAUAAA